AACACAAAACACCCAAAAACACUUCAACAAAAUUAAACUCUUCAUCUCAAUUUCACUUUCCCCUGUUCCUUCACUCAAUUUCAUCAUCAUCUUUCAACAUUCAAAUGCAAAGUUCACCUUUUUAAUUCUUUUAUAUCCGGAAAAAAGGUGCAUAGAUCUUUGUGCAGUCCAGUGACUGUUCUUGUUCUGUUUCUGGGUUGCUGAUGAUUCCACCCUUUUGAAUGAAUGCUUUGAUUUUUGGGUCGUGGGUCUGCUUAUUAUCAUGAUGUUUGUUAUGAUUGUGAUGAGUCUUUUACUCUUUUUGACCGUAGAAAGAAGAAAAAUCAGUUAAAAAAAGUGAUAAUGACUCCUUAACAGAGGAGAGAGAAACAAGAGAGAGAGAGAGAAAGAAGAAACAUCGUUAAAGGUUUCUCGAGGUGUUUGUGAAAAUGCCUGAGUGUAAAAAGUUGUUAUUAAACAGAGAAGGGGUUGAUGGGCAGGUGUUGGAUCUGGAUACAGCUGUUAAAGAUGGGGUUUUGGGCGGUGGUGGAGUGGGAUUUGGUGGUGGGUUUGCUGAGAAACUUGAUCUGAAAAACAUGAUUCAAGAGUUGGAUUUAUCCGAGAUCCCAUCGGUCUUCAUUUGUCCGAUUUCGCUUGAACCGAUGGAAGACCCGGUGACCCUUUGCACCGGGCAGACAUACGAGCGGUCCAACAUCUUGAAAUGGUUCGGUUUAGGCCAUUUCAUAUGCCCCACUACAAUGCAGGAACUUUGGGAUGAUAAUCUUACCCCAAACAACACUUUACAGAAACUAAUUCACACUUGGUUCUCCCAAAUGUACUUCCGAAUGAAGAAGCGAUCCGAAGAUGUACAAGGGACCGCGUGUGAGAUUCUCGACACCCUUAAAUCCGUCAAGGGCCAGGCGCGUGUGCAAUCGCUUAAAGACCUUCGACGAGUCGUUACAAACCAUGUCAUCGCACGGAAAACGGUUGUCGAUAAAGGCGGAGUGAGUCUUUUAUCAUCCUUAUUAGGUCCUUACACAUCGCACGCGAUUGGUUCCGAAGUGGUUUCGAUUCUUGUUCAAUUGGAACUAGAUUCGUCUUCGAGGUUGAACCUAACGCAGCCCGCGAAGAUAUCGUUAAUGGUCGACAUGUUAAACGAAGGUUCGAUCGAAACAAAGAUCAAUUGUACACUAUUGAUUCGACUUUUGAUGGACGAAAACGAUUUUCGAGUCGAGAUAGUGUCGAGCCGGAGUUUACUCGUCGCGUUAAUGCGACUAGUGAAAGAUAAACGACACCCAAGCGGAAACAUACACGGGUUAAACUUAAUCAAAUCGAUAUGCUCGCACGAACGAGUUCGAAGCUUGAUCGUUAGCACGAACGCAGUCCCGCAAUUAGUCGAAUUGUUACCGGGUUUCAAACACGAGUGUUUAGAACAAGCCCUUUUCAUUUUGGAUGAAUUAUCGAGUGUCCCCGAAGGUAAACUCGCGUUAAGCGAGUGUUCAACCACCAUACCGAAUAUGGUGCGAGUGUUGAUGAGGGUUUCGGAAAGGUGCACGCAACAUGCGUUGUCGAUCUUAUGGUCUAUAUGCAAGCUUUCACCGCACGAGUGUUCGUCGGUGGCUGUGGAUGUCGGUCUUGCAGCGAAGUUAUUGCUUGUUAUACAGAGCGGUUGUGAUCCGUCGUUGAAGCAACAAUCGGCAGAGCUUUUGAAGCUGUGCAGCUUGAAUUAUUCCGAUUCGAGUUUCUUCUCCAAAUGCAAGCUUACGAGAACUAUUCAGUGAUGAAUGGAGGCGAUAGCGCGUGUAUAGUCGAUCGAUUAGCUUCGAUCCGGUUCCGGAUUUGGGUAGAAGAACAGAUGUUUUUUUUUUUUUUUUUACAGAGGUUUUUUAAUCCAUUGAGUUUCAUGUUUCUGUUUUUAUAGUAGUAUCAUCUUAUGUUAAAGUCUC